AUCGUAAAAUAGCCACAAUACAGUUCACACAAUAUCAAAACCAUAACAAUAAAGUUACCAAUAAACGUUAUUGCUUUUGUGCGAGAAAUUGUAAGAUUUCAGAAACAAAAGUGGGAAUGCGAACGAUACAUUUUAUUGUGCUACGAUGAAAAAUUAUGUUUAUAAUAUUAGUUGUAACACUCUACGUCACAAGUUUAGUAAACGGUCAUAGUGAAAGUAUUAAGAACGAAGAAGAGUGUAAAAUAGCUGACUUAUGUGUUCAUGAUAAGGUGCCGAUGUGUGGGAUCGACUCCUGCGGCGAGAUGAGAACGUUUAUUGAUACAUGUGAUAUGCAUGAGUUCAAUUGCGAUAGUAAAAAAGAUUUUAAACAGCGUCCAAUCCACGAAUGCUGGGUCACGUGUAAGAGAGGAAGGUCUUUCAAAAAACCAGAAUACCGAACCGACUGCAAUCUCAACAUAAAACUGCUAACAGAUUAUAAAUAA